UUGACAGGCUUAAACAUCGGCCAAUGGAAUCCCCGUAAACAUACGAGAGAGAGGCGGGGUUUAGGUUGCUCCUAAGACCCUCAACUCAAGGCGCUUUGUUGUUCCUCCAAGACAGAAAGACGGGUGAAAAUCGUGUAUUACUUAAAAAACGGUGAAAGUAGAGACAUUACAACGCAUGGACAUUUCCCCUGAUAACCGGCCAAACGUGGAGGUGAGCCGCUGUCAUUUGGUAGGAAGUUGUGUAUUUGUGGAACUGAAGAAGCUGAGCAGCGUUAGCCUCUGCUGAUCCAGAUUGCAGCGGAAGGAAUUCUGGCUCUGUGAAGGCAAGGAAUCAACUGGGAUGCCUCGCGCAAGUUGGAUUAAACUGUAUUUUACAGGUGCGCCUGUAACCAACUAAAUAACUAUGGGUUUGUGUCCUCUUUAACUGAAAUCGAAGUGUAAACCCAGUUAUUUGGUUGCUGUGUGGUCGUUUUCGCUUCAGUUUAGCGAGUUAGCCACGUAGCCUUCAGUAGGGAGACAUUUAAAAUGGCGGAGGGCUGUCCCACUCCUCUGGCCUUAGUCUUCAUGCUGUUCGCUUUUAGUGCCUGGGCCCUGGACUUUUGUCCGGGACCUUGUUCCUGUACUUAUGGACAAGAUGAUGCCCUUAUCUUAGACUGCAACUGGAAGAGGAUGUCGACCCCUACACUGGACCCACCGGCUGGGAUAACCCAAGUCACCAUGAAUCACAAUGAUCUGACAGCCCUUCCAUCCCUUGGAGAUGUUUCUGCAAACAUCACUUCAAUAUCAUUAGUCCACAACCGGAUCUCAGAACUAUCAAUGUUUCACCUGCAGCCUUAUAUUUCAUUGGAGACACUGGACCUUACAUCCAACUCCAUCACUGAGAUCAAAGUUGGAUCCUUUCCCAAUAUACAGCUGAAAUAUCUGAAUUUAAGUAAUAACAAAAUCAGUGUCCUGGAACCUGGUUGCUUUGAAAACAUCUCCAGCACCCUGCUGGUGUUGAAGCUGAACAAAAACAGAUUGGUGACGCUUUCUUCCAAAGUCUUCAGACUUCCCCAGCUGCAGUCCCUUGAAUUGAAGCGGAACAAGAUUAAGAUAGUUGAGAGCCUUACGUUCAAGGGUAUGGACUCCCUAAAGAUACUGAAGAUGCAGAGGAACAGUAUCACCAAGCUCAUGGAUGGAGCCUUCUUUGGACUUACCAAUAUCGAAGAACUGGAGCUGGAGCACAACAACCUAACAGAGGUCAACAAAGGUUGGCUGUAUGGUCUGCGCAUGCUGCGUAUCCUGAGGGUCAGCCAGAAUGCCAUUUCCAUCAUCCGUCCAGAUGCCUGGGAGUUUUGCCAAAAGCUAGAAGAACUAGACUUGUCCUUUAAUCGUUUGACAAGACUUGAAGAGACCGCUUUUGUAGGCCUAAGUUUUCUGGAGAGCCUGAACCUGGAAGAAAACUCUAUCAGCCACUUAGGAGAAGGAGUGUUUGGUGGCCUUUCAAGUCUGCAAACCCUCGACAUCCGCAACAAUGACAUCUCCUGGGCCAUUGAAGACUCCAUUGGUGUAUUUAAUGGAAUGAAAAAGCUGAACACGCUGAUCCUUCAGCAGAACAAAAUUAAAUCAAUCACCAAGAAAGCCUUUGAAGGACUGGAUGAACUAGAGAAUCUGGACCUCAGCAGAAACGGCAUCAUGUCCAUUCACCCAGACGCAUUGUCGCACCUGAAACUCAAAACAUUUGUCCUGAACACCAGCAGCUUACUCUGUGACUGCCACAUGCAGUGGCUGGGUCCCUGGUUGUCUCAGAGUCUUUUUCAACCAUCUGUAUCUGCCGUCUGUGCUCAUCCUGCAAAUCUUCUCGGCCGAAGUGUCCUGACAGUCGGCGCAGAGGAGUUUGUUUGUGAUGAUUUCCCCAAGCCUCAUAUCACAACUCACCCUGAGACCACCGUGGCGCUGAGGGGGAACAAUGUGACUCUGAUCUGCGUUGCCUAUAGUAGCAGUGAUUUGCAAAUGACCCCAGCUUGGCGGAAGGACGGAGAAGUUCUACAUGACCCUGAAUUGCAGAAUUAUGCCCAGUAUCAGGAGGGAGAGCUCAUCUACACCACCAUGCUUCACCUUCUCAAUGUCAACUUCACUGAUGAAGGCCGUUACCAGUGUGUGGUCUCCAAUCACUUUGGCUCCGACUACUCCAACAGAGCCAAACUUACAGUCAAUGAGAUGCCGUCAUUUCUCAAGACUCCCAUGGACCUGACAAUUCGAACCGGGACAAUGGCCAGACUGGAGUGUGCUGCUGAAGGUCAUCCAUCACCCCAGAUUGCAUGGCAGAAGGAUGGAGGCACCGAUUUCCCUGCUGCCCGAGAGCGAAGGAUGCACGUGAUGCCCGACGAUGACAUUUUCUUCAUCGCUAAUGUAAAGACAGAGGACAUGGGGGUCUACAGUUGUACAGCUCAAAACACAGCUGGCAGCCUUUCUGCAAACGCUACUCUGACUGUUCUGGAAACUCCAAUGUUUGUACGGCCACUAGAGGACAGAAUUGUGGCCCAUGGGGAAACGGCUGUCCUCCAGUGUAUAGCAGGAGGAAGCCCCGCCCCCAGGCUCAACUGGACCAAGGAUGAUGGACCAUUGAUACUAACAGAACGCCACUUCUUUGCUGCCGCCAACCAGCUCCUUAUCAUAGUGGAUGCCGGUCCUUCUGAUGCGGGAAAGUACACAUGCAUAAUGUCUAACACUCUCGGCACAGAGCGUGGCCACAUCUACCUCGGUGUCUCGCCGUCACCAAACUGUGAAACCGCAGCAGGACACGAUCAGGACGGCUGGACCACAGUGGGAAUCGUGGUGAUCGUGGUGGUGUGUUGUGUGGUGGGAACCUCGCUGGUUUGGGUCAUUGUCAUAUAUCACAUGCGCAGAAAGAGUGAGGACUACAGUAUCACCAACACAGAUGAAAUGAAUUUACCAGCAGACAUCCCCAGCUACCUGUCCUCCCAGGGAACGCUGUCAGAGCCCCAGGAGGGCUACAGUAACUCGGAGGCUGGCAGCCACCAGCAGCUCAUGCCUCCUCUCUCCAAUGGAUACGUCCAUAAAGGAACAGAUGGUGUAUGUUACGGAGAAAUGAGCAGUGAGGUGGAGACGGAAGGGAACGGCAUGCUGCAUUGUAGAGUCGGUUCUCUGUUCACCGGUCGGAGCAGUUUCCAGCCUGGGGAGACACGAGAGGGACUGACUGGAGUCCCUGCAGGUGGCCCUGGUUCACUUGUCAUCUGCUCCGACUGCUACGACAACGCUAACAUCUACUCCCGCACACGCGAGUACUGCCCAUAUGCCUACAUUGGAGAGGAUGACCCGCUGGACAAAGCACUUUCAGGCCAGAAGGAGACUUUCAGUGAACACUCCCAGCACAUGGACACAGCACUGGAGAGUCUCCUUAACAACCAGCACCCCUCCGUCUUUCUCAACUCACAUGACAAAUCUCUGAACAGUCACACUCCACUGGAGCACCAUCCUAAUGAUUUCCUCGGUAGAGCAUUCUGGGGAGAAGAAGAUCUGUCUUCGAAAGGUCGGUCAGGAACGUCCCGACAUCCAGUGACUGUUCACAGGACACCUGCUCCGACUUCCACUGCAGAUGGAACAGAGGAUCACAGUCAAGCAGAGGCGGAGUACUUCCCUAGUCAAUGCACACAGGACCACAGAAGUGCCUCUACUAGGACUAAGUCUCAGGAGCACUCUGCUCCUACAUAAGUCUUCAGCACUCUUGCCUCUGACUCCUUGUUGCUGCACUCCGCCCCUCUUCUACCCACUACCUCCAAAGAUACAUUCUGCCAAAGAUGCUCUCUUGUAUGUUUACAUUCCCCUUUUUACAUAAGAUGACAUUGCUGUCAUUCUCCACUGUGGAAAAAAAACUCUCCAUUGUCACACUAGGGAAAUGGACCAGUGAUGGAAGUGACCUCCACCUCUGCAGGAACCCUUUCUCCACAUCCUUCACCACUCUUUUAUUUUCUCUGCUUGAAGAGAAAGCUCUGAAUGUAUGCUUUAAAGAGCCAUGUUGGAUGAGAUCAUGCCUUUAGCGGUUCCACACAUCACCACUGGUACCGAUAUCUGAUGGAACAGCUCACAUACGUUUUGUAGAAAGGAACAUUUUCUCCCAAACAGGGGGAAAAAGAGGUUAAUUGGGGGACAGAUGUAGUUCCCUCACCAGCAGAGUGUGGUGGUUGAUUAAUGUAUGAACAUGGAAAGAAAAUGGCCCACAUUCCCACAGACGGACUCUGACUGUGCUCUCUUCUGUCCUGAUAUGCAAAUUCCCAAAGACAAUGAACACCAAACUAAGGUGAAUAUUAUGAAUAUAUAAGAAUAUAUCCUACAUUGUCAUUUGUCUAUGUGUUAAACGCCUUUAUACUUUUCUUUUGUGUUUUCUAUUAUCUUCAUAAUAAUGAGCAGUUUUUGCACGUGACAAUCAGUUUGCUGGGUGUUGUUUUGGAUGGCCUUAUAAAUAGCAGUUCCAAAGAAAAGGUCAUGUGACUUAGUAUUUUAUACGUGGUAUGCACUGAAUUUUGUUUUGCUCUGCCUUUUCUCAUGUCAGGCACUUAAGUUAAUGCUGGUAACAUUAGGGUUGUCAAAUCACGCAGUUGCUGUGGAUAAGUUGCAAUUAAUCAAGAUUAAUUGUGAUAAAUCAACAUUCCUGAAUAAGAAUUUUUUUAUAUAUAUUGCUGGAACAGAAUGUAGUGUAGAUGUACGUGUUUUACCCAUGCUGGGAGUUGACAUAAUAUUAAGGUGAGUUGUUGAAAAAAAAAAUGCUGUGUAUGCAGCUAACAUUGUGUUUAUGGAUAGGAUAUGUGGGUGGAUGGUGGAAUUAGUGUGUUUUAUUCCGUCCAUCUGUUAAGUCUGAUAAAUUUUACCCUGAUUCAUUCAUGCUUCUUAUAAGGGUUAAUUUUUCUGAUUAGAAGAAAACAACUACGUUCAUCCACUACAUUCUCGCUGCUCUUUUUCAAUUUAAAAUACUGCAAGGUUCUAAUCCCAACUGUAGAAACCCACAGGUCAGGUGACUUCAGUCUAGCAUGCUGUUUAUUAAGAUCACUGUCUUCAUUGAUUCAAACCAAAAAGUCCUUCCACAGAAAACUGAUUACACUUAGUUUUUCACUUGUGACUGUGAAAAAUGAGAAUGUAUUACAUGAUUUUAUGAGUCAUUGUUUCUAUGUAUGUAUGUAUGUGUACAUAAGACUAGUUACCUAUUAAAUUUGAAUUUUUUUCCUGCUACUCCAGUUUCAGAGACGCAGGCUGCAGUAACUUUAAAACACAUUAUGCCUUUCCUAUAGCUGUGUAUCUUCUUUAUUUGUAUUUGUUGUGCAUUAUGUUUGUGGAGCAACACAAACUCACGAUCAGUUCUGUUUUAUCACACAGCCUCAAGCUUUUCCAUGUUUUCCUAAGAGAAAGGACGGGUCAGUGCAGGAGGGAAAGAAUGUGGACAAGUUUUAACACAGUAUCAGUAGCUACUCUGAAAAAAUAUUCCUUAUUAAUGCUGUUGAUGUGAUAUGAAAAAAAAAAAAAAACAAUGUUCCCAGUAUCUUUAUCAGAUUUUCUGGAACGUUUAGUUUAUUUGAUACAUUUGGUGUCUCGAUACAUGUCUCCAUAGGUACGAUCCAGGUUUUUUUUUUAUUGUUUGGUUCCUUACUGUUAUAAGGAAUCAAUUCAGAAUUCCUUUUCAUCUCCUUCCAUGUGACAGUAGUUAGUAUACCAUCCAGUGGCCAUGUUGUUUCCCAUAGGCAUGCUGGUCCUGUUAGAUAACUGUUAACUGCUGUUAGUGCAAAAAUCAGAUCAGGAAUCAUUCAAUUCUUUGAAAAUGUCUAGUGUCAGACUAGAAAAUCUUUUGAGAAUUCCAAGAGAAAUGUUCCAAAAAUUUCCCACUCAUUUGUCCAUUGUGUCUUAUCAACAGCAAUUAAUUUUUAUAACAGGAAAUGUUAUUAAAUGAUGCAGAA